CUUUGAAGAAAUAUUUAAAGUUUAAUAAUUGUAAAUCCUAGUUCAAGUUGAAGAUUCCAUAUUUUCCCAAUUGUCUCUAACCACUUUUCCACUCCAUCCCAACUCAUUACUCAACCCACCACCAUCCCAAUCCCACAAAUCACCACCAAACUCUCUGCCUAUCUCUCUUCCAAAAAAGCCAACAUCUAAAAAAUGGGAGUUAUAGACAAAAACUCUGCAGAUGAAGCAGCAAUUUCAUUAAUAUCCAAUGAAUCCCCAAAGAACAUUCCUAAAGACUCAUUUCACUUUGCUUACAUAAUCUUCUUCACUUUAGGAGCUGGGUUUUUACUCCCAUGGAAUAGUUUCAUCACAGCCGUUGAUUACUUUGACUUUCUUUAUCCUGAUCAUAGCGUUGACCGCAUCUUUGCUGUUGUUUAUAUGCUUGUGGGUCUUUUUUCCUUACUUGUGAUCAUCUUUUCACCAAGAAAGUCUGAUGCUUUUGUUAGGAUCAAUGUUGGGUUGGGCCUUUUUGUGGUGUCUUUGCUUGUUGUGCCUGUUAUGGAUGUGGGUUAUAUUAAAGGAAGAAUUGGGCUUUCUGAUGGGUUUUAUGUGACUGUUGGAGCUUUGGGCUUAUCUGGGCUGGCUGAUGCUUUGGUUCAAGGUGGGCUUAUUGGGUCUGCCGGUGAGUUGCCUGAGAGAUAUAUGCAAGCUGUUGUUGCUGGUACUGCUGCUUCAGGUGUCCUUGUUUCCUUUCUAAGAAUCUUCACAAAAGCAAUAUAUCCGCAAGAUUACAAUGGUUUGAGAAAUAGCGCAAUCCUAUACUUUGUUGUCGGGAUUGUAGUUAUGAUUAUCUGUGUUGUAUUCUACAAUGUGGCACAUAGACUCCCGGUUAUCAAGUACUACCAUGAACUCAAGCUACAGGCUGUUGAUGAGGCAGACGAGAAAAAGGGCCCUUUGUCUGGCCCGGUUUGGGAGAUAAUGGGAAGAAUCAAAUGGCAUGGGGUUGGGAUUGUAAUCAUCUAUGUUGUAACUUUAUCCAUCUUUCCCGGCUUCAUUACCGAAGAUGUCCAUUCCGAAUUACUUGGAGAUUGGUACCCCAUUCUCCUCAUCACGAGCUACAAUGUAUUUGAUUUAGUGGGCAAGUCUUUGACCUCGCUCUAUCUCUUCGAGAAUGAAAAUGCUGCUAUCGGUGCAUGUUUUGCUCGACUGCUGUUUUAUCCUCUCUAUUUGGGAUGCUUGCAUGGCCCUCAAUUUUUCCGAACUGAAAUUCCUGUGACCGUGCUGACCUGCCUAUUGGGGCUAACGAAUGGCUAUAUAACAAGUGUGUUAAUGAUAUUGGCUCCCAAAACCGUCCAACUUCAACACGCCGAGACAGCAGGUAUCUUAGUCGUGCUGUUCUUAGUUGUUGGUUUGGCUUCUGGUUCGGUCGUGUCUUGGUUUUGGGUAAUCUGAUGCUCAUUUACUUGAGAUCAUCUUCAUUCUAUGUCAAGUUAGAGAGGCAAAUGGCUCAUCUCUUGUAUUUUCAAUUGUAAAGCUCUGCAGGAAUUAACAUACAUUAUUUUAUUUAUAGCCAAGUAAAAUAUUGUCUAUUCCUCUUCAAUUUAUACAAAA